UAGAGGCGCUGCUACCCAUCGCGCGCCCACUUGCCGUCGAGCGAAGCAGCAGCAGCACCCGGAGUCGGCGAGGGCGAGGAGAGCGGGCGGCGGACGAGCCUUUGCGCGGGGCAGGAAACACUUGGCAUUCUACAUGAACUACGAAAACCCUCCGCCAUAUCCUGGCCCGGGCCCAACUGCCCCAUACCCACCUUACACCCAUCAACCAGGUGGACCACCUGUUCCUGGUCCCUACCCUGGCUAUGCACCAGAGCCCGCAGGGCCAUAUCCAGUAGGACAGCCAGGCUACCAAGGCUACCCAGCCUAUGGAUGGCAGAAUGCUCCUCCACCUCCGGGACCAGUCUAUGCAGAUGGACCUAAGAAUACAGUGUAUGUUGUGGAAGAGCAGCGAAGGGAUAACUCUGCCGAAAGUACCUGCCUGACAGCGUGUUGGACUGCGCUGUGCUGCUGCUGCCUUUGGGACAUGCUGACCUGAGUGCCCUGAGAAGCCAAGCCUCAGUACCUCUGACUUAGAGUGCUAUGCAUUCUUCUUCUUCUUCUUCUUCACCUUCUCCUUCUCCUCCUCCUCCUCCUCCUUCUUCUUCUCCCCCCUCCUCUCCCUCUGAUCUUCUCAACUGCUUUUUUAGUACUGUAAUGAAAAAUCUGCUUUGCACAGGUGACAGUAACACCUGCCUGCCUUAGAGAUAGCACCGUGAUGUUGGUUAUGCACUUUUUAGUUUUAGUGGAGGAAACCCUCCCUUUCCCCCCACGUCUUUAUAGCAUUGUUUCUACAACUUUGUGGUUCUUUAAAGAAUGUGC